GUUUCGAAGAUUUUUAUGAAACAAAGGAUUAAUGAAAACAUGAUUGGUUCAAGCCUUGUAAGAUUUUUAAAAAAUAAUUGGAACUUAACAUCAAAGCAAAUUUUUAGAAGUACAUCAUAUAUGCAACAUCAACAAAUGCGAUUGAAAAGUGAUCUCUAUGAACCAGAUUAUCUUAUUAGUAUGGAACCAGAUGAACCUGUAUAUGACUGUUUAAACCUACAGUUGAAAGGCUAUGACUUUGCAUUACUAGAAGCAACUCAAAGUCAAAUUCAUAAAUAUGCCGAGGUGAUGGGCAUUCAAGUUGAUGAGUGCUGGGCUACACCAGCACAGCAGUUGAAAGUGCAAAAAUUCAAGCCUGGUGGAACUGCAAUUGACACUGAAUAUCAUCUCAACAUAUAUGAGCGUAAUGUUCAGGUUAUUGAUGUUCCCGCGUGGGCUCUAGGAACACUGUUGCGAGUAGCUCGCGCCACUCUUCCAGAAGGAUGCACUCUCAAUGUACACGAGCAUACCAUAGAACAUGAAGAAAUUAGAUAUGUACCUGAUAACCAGCUCCUAGAACUGAAGCAACAACUUGAGGACAUGGGUGGGAGCCGCGCGGAGAAGAAAAAGAAGAAAUAAAUUUAAUAUUUUGUAGUUCAUAAUUAAUGUAGAUAUAAAAGAAAUAUAAUAAAUCAAUUAAUAUUCGUAUA